AUGAAUUUGUUCAGAAUAGUGGCAGAUCUUUCGCAUUUGGCGAGUAUUCUGAUUCUGAUUCACACGAUCAAGACAACAAACUCCAUCGAUGGUAUCUCGUUCAAGUCUCAGGUGCUUUACGUUUUGGUGUUUGCCAGUAGGUAUUUGGACCUAUUCUUCCGGUGGAUUUCCUUAUACAACACGUUGAUGAAGCUUUUCUUCAUCGGUUCAUCCAUUUACAUUAUUAUGCUACUGCAAAACGCUAAGAACACCGUUGCAUACAAGGAAAUGAUCUUAAAGGAUACUUUCAAGGUUCGUUACAUUCUAGCUGCCAGUGGUGUUCUUGCCCUUCUUUUUAAUGAGAGGUUUACUGUGAUUGACAUUUUAUGGAGUUUCUCGCUGUGGCUUGAGAGUAUUGCCAUUUUACCACAACUCUUCAUGUUAUCCAAGACUCGCAAAGCUCCAAGCUUGACAAUUCAUUACAUCUUUGCAUUAGGGCUUUACAGAGCCCUAUAUAUUCCCAAUUGGCUUUGGAGAUGGCUAAUGGAGGACAAUAAAGGUUUCCAAAAACUGCCUUUCGUCACAGGUUUCAUACAAACUCUUGUAUACUCCGAUUUCUUCUAUAUCUACUACCAAAGGGUUAUUAAAGGCGACCGUACAAGACUGCCUCAUUAA